UCCUCUCGCCCCCAAAGGAUGUCCUCCCCCUCUUCUUCGAUCCCCUUAAGGUUGGAGUUUCUCUGCUGUACUUUAAACCGACUAGGUGAGGAAGGAGGCCGGCGGGGACAGACAGGUUCAGGGUGGAUGAGACGGGAAGUGGGAGCUGUGAGGAAAGUGGAAGGUGAAGUCCUGAGAGUAGCAGUGGGCUUAAGGGAAGAACUGAAGGGAUGAGUUUGGAAUAGGAAACUCAGUGCAAUCGGGGAAGUUGAGGCCACUGGGGGAGGGGUCAGAAGCAGAAGACAGAAAGCGAAGUCUCUCCCUAAAUCCCCCUCCUUCCCUGUGGCUGGGGCCACCUUAGCUUCCCUCUGAGUGACAUCUCAGGCUGCAGCCCCACUGUUCCCCCUCUGUCAGCAGAAAUAUCUCUCUUCUGACCCCUCCUGCUGGAGUCUCUGCCAGCCAAUCCCUGAUCUGGGCGAGGGGGGAGCCCGGCCCCCCCCACUCCCUCAUAAGGACCAGCUGGGGGCUGGGGGGUGGUGGCCGGCUGCUGCAAGUGGUACCGGGGUCAGAGCUUCGUGAAGGGAAGAGAAACCUGGGGGGGGGCAGGAGAGAAAACGGAAGAAGCCCAGACGAACAGGCAGGCGGACACACUGAGGAAGGCACCCCCCGCGUGAGGACCCCCCAGAAGGAACACCGCCCCCUGGCCCCCAGGACGGGAGCACCAUGGAGGCUGCACACUCCAAGACCACAGAAGAAUGUCUGUCUUAUUUUGGUGUGAGCGAGACCACAGGCCUCACCCCGGACCAAGUGAAGCGGCAUCUGGAGAAAUACGGCCCCAAUGAGCUCCCUGCUGAGGAAGGGAAGUCCCUGUGGGAGUUGGUAGUAGAGCAGUUUGAAGACCUCCUGGUUCGGAUCCUCCUCCUGGCUGCCUGCAUUUCCUUCGUGCUGGCCUGGUUUGAGGAAGGUGAAGAGACUGUUACCGCCUUUGUUGAACCCUUUGUCAUCCUCUUGAUCCUCAUUGCCAAUGCCAUUGUGGGGGUUUGGCAGGAACGUAAUGCAGAGAAUGCCAUUGAGGCUCUGAAAGAAUACGAACCCGAGAUGGGGAAGGUCUACCGGGCCGACCGCAAGUCGGUGCAGAGGAUCAAGGCUCGGGACAUUGUACCCGGGGACAUUGUGGAAGUGGCCGUGGGCGACAAAGUCCCCGCAGAUAUCCGCAUCCUCUCCAUCAAAUCCACCACCCUCCGGGUUGACCAGUCCAUCCUGACAGGCGAAUCUGUAUCUGUCAUCAAGCACACAGACCCUGUCCCUGACCCCCGAGCUGUCAACCAGGAUAAGAAGAACAUGCUCUUCUCGGGCACCAACAUUGCAGCCGGCAAGGCCAUAGGCAUCGUGGCCACUACGGGCGUGAGCACCGAGAUUGGGAAAAUCCGCGACCAGAUGGCCGCCACGGAACAGGACAAGACCCCUCUGCAGCAGAAACUGGAUGAGUUUGGGGAGCAGCUCUCCAAGGUCAUCUCUCUCAUCUGUGUGGCUGUGUGGCUCAUCAACAUUGGCCACUUCAACGAUCCCGUCCAUGGGGGCUCCUGGUUCCGAGGUGCCAUCUACUACUUUAAGAUCGCUGUGGCCCUAGCUGUGGCUGCAAUCCCAGAAGGCCUCCCUGCAGUCAUCACCACCUGCCUGGCCUUGGGCACCCGCCGGAUGGCAAAGAAAAACGCAAUUGUCAGGAGCUUACCCUCUGUUGAGACUCUCGGCUGCACCUCUGUCAUCUGUUCUGACAAAACAGGCACCCUCACCACCAACCAGAUGUCUGUCUGCAAGAUGUUUAUCAUCGACAAAGUGGACGGGGACCUCUGCGUUCUGAACGAGUUCUCGAUCACGGGUUCCACUUAUGCUCCAGAAGGAGAAGUCUUGAAGAAUGAUAAGACAGUCCGGGCAGGGCAGUAUGAUGGGCUGGUGGAGUUGGCCACCAUUUGUGCCCUCUGCAAUGACUCCUCCUUGGACUUCAACGAGGCCAAAGGUGUUUAUGAGAAGGUAGGCGAGGCCACCGAGACAGCACUCACUACCCUAGUGGAGAAGAUGAACGUAUUCAACACUGACGUGAGAAGCCUCUCAAAGGUGGAGAGGGCCAAUGCCUGCAACUCGGUGAUCCGCCAGCUGAUGAAGAAGGAAUUCACCCUGGAGUUCUCCCGAGACAGAAAGUCCAUGUCUGUCUAUUGCUCCCCAGCCAAAUCCCGGGCUGCUGUGGGCAACAAGAUGUUCGUCAAGGGUGCCCCUGAGGGGGUCAUUGACCGUUGUAACUAUGUACGAGUCGGCACCACCCGGGUGCCGAUGACCGGGCCCGUGAAGGAGAAGAUCAUGUCCGUGAUCAAGGAGUGGGGCACUGGCCGGGACACCCUGCGCUGCCUGGCUCUGGCCACCCGGGACACACCCCCGAAGCGAGAGGAUAUGGUCCUGGAUGACUCUGCCAAGUUCAUGGAGUAUGAGCUGGACCUGACAUUCGUUGGCGUGGUGGGCAUGCUGGACCCUCCACGGAAGGAGGUCACAGGCUCUAUCCAGCUGUGCCGUGAUGCUGGAAUCCGAGUGAUCAUGAUUACCGGGGAUAACAAGGGUACAGCUAUUGCCAUCUGCCGACGAAUUGGCAUCUUUGGGGAGAACGAGGAGGUGACAGACCGAGCUUACACUGGCCGAGAGUUCGAUGACCUGCCCCUGGGUGAGCAGCGGGAGGCCUGCCGACGCGCCUGCUGCUUUGCCCGAGUGGAGCCUGCCCAUAAGUCGAAGAUUGUGGAGUAUCUGCAGUCUUACGAUGAGAUCACGGCUAUGACAGGCGAUGGUGUCAAUGACGCCCCAGCUCUGAAGAAGGCUGAGAUCGGCAUUGCCAUGGGCUCCGGCACUGCUGUAGCCAAGACCGCCUCUGAGAUGGUGCUGGCUGACGACAACUUCUCCACCAUCGUGGCUGCUGUGGAGGAGGGCCGGGCCAUCUACAACAACAUGAAGCAGUUCAUCCGCUACCUCAUCUCCUCCAAUGUGGGCGAGGUGGUCUGCAUUUUCCUGACGGCUGCCUUGGGGCUGCCUGAGGCCCUGAUCCCCGUGCAGCUGCUGUGGGUGAACUUGGUGACUGAUGGGCUCCCGGCCACAGCCCUGGGCUUCAACCCGCCAGACCUGGACAUCAUGGACCGGCCCCCCCGGAGCCCCAAGGAGCCCCUCAUCAGUGGCUGGCUCUUCUUCCGCUACAUGGCAAUUGGGGGCUACGUGGGCGCAGCCACUGUGGGAGCUGCUGCCUGGUGGUUCCUGUACGCGGAGGACGGGCCUCAUGUCACCUACAACCAGCUGACCCACUUCAUGCAGUGCACCGAGGACAACCCCGACUUUGAGGGUGUGGAGUGUGAGAUCUUUGAGGCCCCUGAGCCCAUGACCAUGGCCUUGUCUGUGCUGGUCACCAUCGAGAUGUGCAACGCUUUGAACAGCCUCUCUGAGAACCAGUCCCUCGUGCGGAUGCCGCCCUGGGUGAACAUCUGGCUGCUGGGUUCCAUCUGCCUCUCCAUGUCCCUCCAUUUCCUCAUUCUCUACGUUGACCCUCUGCCGAUGAUCUUCAAGCUCCGCGCCCUGGACCUCACCCAGUGGCUCAUGGUCCUCAAGAUCUCAUUGCCAGUCAUCGGGCUCGACGAACUCCUUAAGUUUGUUGCUCGGAACUACCUGGAGGAUCCAGAAGAUGAAAGAAGGAAGUAACCGGUCCUUUUGCCCCUUAUCCCCACCCUGAUAGUGACACAUCUUCAGCCUGAGCUGUGGCACAGACCCCACAUCCCCUCUCCCCCUCCACAUUCUUGUUUAUAAACACGGUGUCCCCUUCACUGUUCUUCCCCACCCCAGCAACCCUCCCUUUUACCCUAUAACACCUCCCCUUCCCCAACCACGUGGGGCUUGCAGGGACAAGGCUACCGACUGAGCUGAGCUGCUUAUUUAUUGAAAAUAAAUGACAGAAAAGUCUG